GUGAAAUUCAUGGGUGAAGUGUCAGACGCCCAGCGCAGACCGUCCGGGCCCCUCCAAACCAUGGGGGACAGCCGCUACCUAUACCCUGUGGCCCUGAGGUGGGAUGAGGGCCCCGAAGCCCUGAAACAAGUGAAAAACAAACUGCUGCUGUAUUUCCAGAAAAGGAAACUGUCUAAUGGAGGAGAAUGUGAGAUCCGAGAUCUGGACUGCAGCCGGGGGCACCUCCUGAUCUACUUCAGAGAUGAGGGGGUCCGGGAUCGAGUUCUGCUAAAAAGCAACCACGUGCUGAACCUGACAGAAGGAAAGAAGCUAAACCUGAGAGUAACCCUCCCCAAAUCUACCCCAGAAGAGCCCCCCAUAAGCCCCCGCACAGAGAGAUGUGGAACACCGGAGUUGAUGUCUGCACCCGGGACUGAUGAGGAUGGCGGGACGCGGGGUGCCACCUCCUCCAUGGUUCUGGUAGAGAAUGUCCAGGACUCGUGCCCCCCAGACAUGCUAAACCUGCUGGUUGAGAACAUCAGUGGGAGAAGAGCUGUGAGGGACUUCUAUGUGGAGAUGGUCCCUGAGCUGCAGUCUGCCGUCAUCACCUUCACCUGUGACAUAGAUAUCCAUCGCUUCAUUCAGAGUUUCUCCUCCAGUCUCAGAGUGACAAUCCUCCAACUAAAGGUGAAGCUUCUGGAGGAAACCACAAGUGUCCAGGUGGAGAACUUACCCCCAAACACCUCUGAUGAACACCUCACAUUUUACUUUGAAAGCCCCAGACAUGGAGGAGUAAGGGUGCAAGAAACAGUGAUAUUACCUGAGGAGGGGACAGCGCUGGUUACAUUUUAUGACACAGAAGCUGUGAAGACAAUACUGAGGAGUCCACAUGUGUUUAAUAGGACCCCCAUAAAUGUGUACCCUUACUACCCGUCAUUGAAUAUUCAUCUUUAUGGAACAAAUGAGCCUCAUAUGGUCUUACCGACCCCUAUAGAAUUCACUAUUAGUCCAUAUAUACUGGAGCACAUCCUGAACAAUCAGCAGAUAAAAAGCAGCAUAGACACCAAGAUGGAGAACAAUUACUGCAAGAUCAAAUGGCCGAGUCCUGACUGCAUGAAUCCUAUCAUAAAAAUAGAGAUACCUCCUACCCUAUCGAAGAAUCCCAGGGCGAUGGCGAAGGUUAACCACACGUGGACUGAGAAGGUCUCUGCAGCGUUCUCACUUAUUAUCUCAAGGUAUAAAGUCAUAGAAUGUAAAAUGCAUCCUUCAGCAUGGGAGGACAUCAAGGUACAGAUCUCCACUGCUGCUUAUGAUGGAGUAUUGGUCAAACCCACCGCUGAUGCUGAGAAGGUCUUCCUGGCAGGUGCGAUUAGGGAUGUUAAUAAGAUUGAGCAGACGUUCAAGAAACUGGUGGAAGAAAACAGCAGAAAAGCCGAGAGAAGAAGUAAACAAACGACAAAGACAGAACCGAUGUCUGCUGCUCUCUAUCAUGUGAUAUGUAGCAGCGGUCUGGAGAAGAAGAUACUGGCAGAGGCCCCAGAGAUGAAGAUGGAGUAUGACCCGUCCACACACAACGUCCGGCUCACCGGGCUGCGGGAUGAAGUUCUUGAAACCAAGUGUGAAAUACUCAGUGUUAUACAGAAUCUGAAAUCCAAAUCCAUCCAGCUGAACCCACACGUCCUCCAGUUCUUGAAGUUCGCUGACAACGAUGAAAUCUCUUGUGUCCUCUUUAUAAGUCAAAACAUCAAUGCUGUCAUCGAGAUGGAAGAAAACUCAAUCAAACUGACCGGUCACACAAAGAAAGACUUGACCGACGCAGAAGAGCAAAUUGGCCGAGAAUUAAUUUGUCAGCGAAUUCUAAUUGAGGACAAAAAUGUUCUACAAAGUCCAGAAUGGAAAAGUCUCCAAUCACAUCUUCUCCAGUCCCACUGUUCUGAGAUGUGCACGGUCAUAAUCGAGGAGUUCCCUCCCGGAGCAGAGAACGAUGUGGUGGUCGCAGGAUUGGCCUCCAGUGUACACAAGAGCUACAAAGAAAUCCAUGAAUUUCUGAACAAUAAGACGGUGAUGGAAGUGAGGGUCCCCAUCAGCUCCAGGGUCAUGCUGCAGUUCAUUGAGGAGACAAAGCAUCAGAAGUGGCAAGAGAUUAAGACGAAGGCAAAGGUUGAGAUGAAUGAGAACAAUGUGUCCUUCUUCGCCCCAAGGAUCCAGGCUGAGGAUGCAGCCGCUCAGCUCCGCAGUCUUCUGUCCUCAUUAUAUUGUGAUUCUCUGCGCAUCGAUAAAUCAGGCGCUAAGAACUUCUGUAAGAAACAUGACAAGACUCACACCUCUACAGCAAAGACGGAAUUCAACUGUGUCAUCCUCCUGGAGACGGGUGAGGACAACAAACAACCAGAUAAUGCCCGAUAUGAAGUGAAGCUGCAGCGCGGGGUGGCCCUUGCACUGUAUCAGGAUGACCUGUGUAGGCACAAGGCGGACGUUAUUGUUAAUGCUGCUAAUGACGAUCUGCAGCUCUCCGGGGGUCUGGGCCUGGCCUUGCUGAAAGCUGCAGGACCUAAACUUCAAGAUGAUUGUAAGAUUAUAAUCAGGAAGAAGGGAAGGUUGUCCAUUGGGGAGUCGGUCAUUACUGAUGCUGGAAACCUGCAAUGCAAACAGGUCAUACAUACAGCGGGGCCCCGCUGGGAUUCUCAGCCCCAUAAGGGAUGUGAGCAACUUCUACAGAGAGCAAUAACCACAAGUUUGGAGCUAGCUGCAGAAAAUGGCCACAGCUCCAUCGCCAUCCCCGCCAUCAGCUCUGGAAUAUAUGGAUUCCCUCUAGAAAAAUGCGCUAAAAAUAUACUGGCCGCCAUAGAAGAUUAUGUGGAGAAGCAUGGGAGCACGAGCAGUGUGCGGCGAAUACAUAUUGUGGAUAUGAACGCCCAGACUAUUCAAAUUUUUUCUGAGGUGCUAAGAACCAGAUUUGGAGACCAAAAGACCAGUGGGGCCCCUGCAAUGACAGGGCCCCAGACUCCCAUCAGAUCAGAAGGAAGUGAGACGCCACAAGUUACAAUGAGCCAGGAAGACAAGGAAGUGCAGACCACGGAGGGGCUGAUCAUCCGGCUGGUACAGAAGAAAAUAGAAGAUGCCAUAACAGAUGUGAUGGUGAACACUGUGGGGAGUGAUCUGGAUCUUACCACGGGUAACGUCUCCCAGGCCAUAUACAACCGCGCAGGCGCUGGUCUACAGCAGCUGUUGACAAAUAACAAUCUGGGGGCUCAGGCGCCCCCUGGCACAGUGAUUCCAACAGAUGGCUGCAAUCUCGGCUGCCAGCAUGUCCUUCAUGUGGUGGCUCCACAAUGGGACAAUGGACAAGGAGCUUCAGAGACGAUAUUGCAGGACAUUAUCCAGCAUUGCUUGAUGUGGACAGACCAGCAGAGUAUGAAGUCCCUGUCCAUCCCAGCCCUAGGCACCGGCACCCUGGCCUUCCCCAAACCUCUAGUCGCAGCCGCGAUGCUGGACGCCAUCUUCCAGUUCAGCUCCAAAAAUAAACCUCAAAGUCUUCAAGAAGUGGAAAUUGUUCUUCACCCGAGUGACAAAAACUCCAUCCAGGCGUUUAACAAUGAGUUGGUGAAUUACACUGACGACGGCUCAGCAAGCAAGAAGCAGAGCUCCGGUGCCACCUCGGUAUUGUGUGGAACAGUUACUCGUCCAUCUUCAGGGGUCCAUGAAAUGAGGAUCGGAUCCCUGUCCUUCCAAGUCAAGACCGGAGACAUUACCAAGGAAAGGGCCGAAGUCAUCGUCAACUCCUCCAAUAAAAAUUUCACUCUUAACGCAGGCGUCUCGAAGGCCAUUCUGGAAGCCGCUGGGCCGGUUGUUCAAUUAGGUUCUCAGCCCCACAAGGGUUACAUCAUCACAAGCGCAGGGAACCUUGUUGGGAGCAGCUGGAUCUUUCAUGUUUGUGGGCCAUCACAACCAGCAGACAUCAAGAAGAUUGUCUUGGACUGUCUGCAGGAGAGCGAGAAGCAGCAGGCGGCUUGUAUCGCCUUCCCGGCACUGGGGACAGGGGCUGGUGGACUAGCGGCUGGUGAUGUGGCUGAUGCCAUGCUAGACGGCGUGAUAGAUUUCUUCAACUCCGGGUCAGUGAAGUCCAUUCGGAUCGUGAAGGUGGUUUUGUUCCAGCAGCAUAUGCUGAACAACUUCUAUGCGAGCAUGAAGAAGAAGGAGGGGACGGCGCUGUCUGGGCCCAAAUCAUUUCUGAAUAAAUUAACUGCCCUUUUACCUCCGGUUCCGACCUUCCUGAUGCCAAAGAUACAGAAGAAGCCGGAGCAGAAGAUGGCGGGCUUCCAGCUCUUGGAGAACACGGAGCCGGUGGUCUUCAGCCUCUGCUCGGAUGAUAAGAAGAAAGUGGAGGAGACCAAGCGAUGGCUGCAGCAGCAAAUAGAGUACAAGGAGACCACGCUGACGGACGACUGCAUACCCGAGCUGAAGGAGUGCGACCGUGACAAAAUACUGACCCUCCAGAGGAAGUUCCAGGUCUCCGUGGUCUACAGACCGCCCGACCCUUCCAUCCGGAUCUCCGGCAUCAGGCAGGACGUUCUGGAGGUGGCCAACGAGAUCCAGAAGAUAGUGAGCUCCGUAAAGGAGAGGAAAAUCAGAGAGCGGGCGGCCGAGCUCACUGGGAACCUGGUGGAGUGGAGAUACCAGCACGGCGCCAAAAUGAUCGCCUUCAAUGCCAUGGCGAACCUGGAGCUGGAGGAGGCGAAGAGCGCAAACAAAACCCAAGUCACUGUCCAAAGCCGAAACCAGAAAAUCACUGUAGACCUGAAAAACCUGAAGGCCACGGACAAACAUGGAAGCCAAAUAGCGAUUGAACGAGUGAUCAAACAUGGAGACCACUCUGUGAAGUUACCGGACAGCUGGUGUCCCAUGAAUAAUGUCCAGCUGAUGGAGGUCGACCUCGCCGCCUCCUCACCCGAAUAUAUUCAGAUUAUGCAGCUGUUUAGACAAACAUGUUCAAACAUAAUACUGAAGAUCCAGAGGGUGCAGAACAAGGAUUUGUGGCAGAAUUACCAGAUAAGGCUACGGAGCAUAAACACCAAGAACAGGACUACGACCAAUGAGAAGCGACUCUUCCACGGGACCGACAUCAACUCCAUACAACAUAUCAAUCACAAUGGAUUCAACCGGAGCUAUGCAGGAAGAAACGCCGCGAUGUACGGGAAUGGAACGUACUUUGCUGUAAACGCGAUUUACUCUGCCCGCCAUUUCUCUCCACCUGAUGCCAACGGUCACAAGCAUUUGUACCUGGCCCGAGUCCUUACUGGGGUCUUCUGUGCAGGACAGAAGGAUAUGAAGGCUCCUCCGGCCAAGAACCCAGCCAACCCCACCGACCUGUACGACAGCGUCACCGACAACCCGGCUAGCCCUUCCAUGUUCAUCAUAUUCAAUGACAUCCAGGCGUACCCCGAGUAUCACAUCACCUUCCAGUAACUGGCGGCCAUUAUACAAGUGGUUGGCAUCAUGGAGAGGCCCCAUCCUCGCUGCCACAUCGAUUUCUAUGGGGUCUCACGAGUCAAAAGGUCUCUUGUUGCUUUGGCCGUGAUCUUCACCACAUUUCAUUUAAGAACUAGACGCUGCUUCCCGCUGUGAGCUCCACAUUUACUCCUGUCCUGCGGCGGCAUGGAACUGCUGAGAAGCUGCUGUUGACUGAUCUUAAUAUGGCUUCACAGGCUGCCAUUGUAGAACAGCCCCACUGUCCCAGCAGGAGCCGUUUACAGACCACUCCAUCUUCUGGAGGCUCUCGCCAGCUGCGCCGGGGGCUCCGUAGCUGGCACUGUUGUGGUGGUAUUUGCCAUGGCGCACUGUUCACACCAGAUGCCCUCUUGUGAGGAUUCUGGGUAUGGAGAUAAACAGAAUCCAAAAUCUGUCUACACCAGCUUCUAGACGGUCCCAUGUUUUUUGCAACUGCUGCUGAUCUUGUUGUGAGAAGUGCGGGACAGGAUUGUCUAUACAGCGGGGCAACUGAUGGCAUAGAGGGUGCGGUAUAUAAAUGGCCAGACCCUGAUCCCACAGGAGGGAGAACUGUCCCCAGAGCUUACCAUCUAUGCCAGUCCUCUCAGGAUGUUACUGUCCCCGGUCCUACAUUGACACUGGACAAAGCCGCCUUGUGCCUUACAGAGAAGCCCGGGCCGGUUCUGCGCUGACACACUGUCACGAUAUGUGCAAUACCUCAAUAAACUCUGAACAGCAUCCCA